CACUCAGAAAUAGUUCCUUUAAGUAAGAACAGAGAUAUUAGUGUAAAGGAGAAGAAUAAAGUCUCACUUUUCCCUACUUGUACCUGCCCUUCUUGUACCCUAUUGACCAUUUCGGCCAGUUUGCUUUUUCUGGGAACCAAGUGUCUUUUUGAGGAACCUUAUUAUGGAGCCAAGUAUCUUUGUAUGAAUAGCCGUUGGAAUCGCGAAAAAGCAUGAUCACGCAAGAUCAACUGUUGAAAGUGGUGUUUGUGUGAAGCGCUUGCGGAGUGAUCAAAUAACAAGGCAGAGCUCCAGUAAGUAUCUUCUUUGGCAUUUCCAAGAGAUUGUCGCUAUUGGCUGUUUGAAAAAUUGAAACAUGUAUGACACUGAGUGACAUUGUCUCGACGCCAAAUGCAGAGGCUGAAAGUGCGUCAAACCAUUGCAAUCCUCGUUUGAUUAGAAUGUCUUUCAAUUAAUUUGCACAUACAGUUUACGCAUGAAGCCAGUUGAAUGACUUAAAGAGCUCCACUUACUUAGACAUUUCGACAAGUAUUCGUCGGUAAGUUUUUAUUUGCAAUAAUUCAGGUAGCAUUACGUAUUGCAAAAAUGUUUGCUGCAAACCAAGGUAUUACAAGAAACACUGUUUGUCCUCAAAAUAACAAUAAUUUAAAAUGUGAUCUUAUAGAUGCAGGAUAAGUUCAUUUUUACUCAAGGUUGUUUGAUACAUUUCUGAAUUUCUCGUCGAGACUGUAGCUGUUAAUUUUGACUGGCUUGCUCGUUUGGCUAUCUAAAGCCCGAGAUACACCGUAAAUGAUUUCUUUCAAAAAGUUAAUGAAUUCUUUUUUUAGUUGUAUCUCAUACAUUUAUUGCCCUGAAAGUAUUUUAAAGUCUUUGAGUUGCUGCCCAAAAACACUGACAUGUAUUCCAGCCUGUUAAUGAAACCAAGGAGAAAGCUUUCUUGCCUAUAAAAAGGCUUCAAAGCUGCAAACAAUUUAUUAUGGGUUGAGUUGCUGUUACUGUUGAAUUGCUGGCUCAAAUGUUGAUAAGAAUUGUCUUAUCAUUGUUAGCCUUAGCCUGAAUGUAUUGAUCUGGAGGCAUCAAUUGAAACUGAACCUUUAUAGUCGAACAAUUAGGAAACAUUCUUAAUUAAGGAGAGAGGUGCAUUUGUAAGCAAGUUUGCAGAACUCACAUGAAAAUCUUAUUCUUUCAAUUCUUUUAUUUGGUGAACUAGUUGAGAGAGGAUCUGCUACUUUGCUUUUUCCUUUUCAUUUCAAAGUAAGGCAAGGUAGGAAGCCUGAUCUUGUAUGAUCAAGUAACUCUGGUUGAUACUCAUUCUCUUCCCUCAACACCUUUAUAUAUUUCUUUUGUAUGUAGAUCAAUUCCAAAGCAGUUUUGGAAUCGAUCUACAUACAAACGAAAAAACCGCCAUUGUGUAGACAGAAGGAGUUCGUUUUCUCUCUUGGAGUCCAGUGGUAAUUUUUCUUUAGGCACGCGGCACUGAUUGGUCAACUAUACCGGUCUUGUGCUUGCGUUUUUCUUUAUAUUUCUUGUCAAUGUAAUUGAAAUUGCUUAUUAGAACUGUUUUUGGAUUGAUACGUUCAAGUUUCUUGAGUUUUGAACAUCUUGUCUUGAAAGUCUUGAAUUUCAAAUGACAGACCCGUAAAUUAUUGUUGAAUACUUUGUUUACUGUUUCACUGACAUUCACCGUGUAUCCAAACCUUUUUACUAUCCUUUUGUCUUCCCUAUGUCUUUCUGUUUAGUUUUCAAUUCAUUUGACUUGCAUCCUCGUUUGAUGCCUAAGCUUAUUUCUUUUACUUUAAAGUAUUUUUCCGGAAUAUAAAGUUUUUGGUAAUUUUUAUUACUUAUCAAGGUUUUCUGAAAAACGUCCAUAAAAUGAAACAAAGAUUUUGUUCAAUCACAUCAGUGGUAAUAUUGCUUCUCCUGUCGCAAAAAAUUGUAAAGGUUCAUGGCUCACAUUGCGACGAUGCGUUUUACAAUCCAGUUGCAGAUUGUCAGCUCCAUCCUAUACGUGUUGGAUACUUUGCUAGUCCACAGUGUGGGAGCCUUCACACCCUGACUGACUCUGAUGGACGACCCAAUGCGGAUUUUGCAAGGUUGAACCAUCCGAGCUCUUAUUCAACCGAGUCCGGUACCAAAUAUCAUGAGUAUGCUGCUGGGCAUUAUUUGACAAUCAAGCUUGAAAAACGUGCCCGGAUUUACGGCAUAGCUGUACAAGGAAGUCCGGAUAGUUUACGUUACUAUUUAAAAAGUAUGGAAUUAUGGUAUAAGGUUACAAUCAAUGAUCUUGAUGUCAAAAAGCCAGCUACAACAUUUGAGACGUUUUAUAAAGAGGCCAAUAAAACAAAGAGAUUUAUUGGGGACAUGAGGACAACAACAAAGUUCACUUUUGCAAACCCUUUUUAUGCUGAUGAAAUCAGAAUUUACCCAAUAACGUUUUAUGGUGAUAAAGUGUUCAGAACAGAGCUGUAUGGUUGCUUUCUUGGACGAGUAACAGUGCCUGCUUCUGUUGGUAUUGGUAAUACAACAGUAGUUUCAAUGUCAGAAUCCCAGAAUUCUGUUGGUACAAAACUAAGCUAUUAUUUCAAAAUGACACACCCUGACGGCACAAAAGACCUCGUCAUGGCAAAUGGAACCUUGAGCUACAUAUUCAGCUCCCGGGGGAAAGCGACCAUUGAGCUUGGUGUUAACUACUCCACUGGCUGGAUAUCAACUGAUAAAGUAGACUUCAUUGUGCAGGGGCCAAUCAAUGGACUUAAAUUAAAGUUAGAUUCGUCGGAAGUAUCCCCAUUAGUCAAAACAGAGAGCAGUGUUAUCGAGUUUCACCUGGAGACUGCAGACCAGCCAUAUCAAAUAAAAAGGUACCAUUUCUCAUUUGGAGACGGAGCAACGUGUGACUUCAAUUAUUGCAAGCAUAGUUUUUCAAGAGGUCUUUACAAGCCUAAAGGCGUCGCUUCAAAUGAUUUCUACCAGUCGUCAUUAGAAAGAACAUUGAUUAUUUGUCCUGCAUCAAAUCCUGGAGUUUCAUACACGCCGACCAUAUACGGGGGAGGCAUUGGCAUCGAAUACUUAGGUCCAGAUGCAAUUCACAAUCUUACUGUUCGCUACUAUGCAUUGCAUACGACAACCUCGAUCGUUAGUGUCAACAGCAGCGAAACUAAUCGACGCACUUUCACGGCUUCUGGUUGGGUGGACGAGACAAUCUCGCUGCCAAAAGGCCUGACUGCGCCUUCACAGCAUGUUUUGCAGUUCACUUACACGGAUUGGUGUGGCAGCUCCUCCAUCUCACCAGUAGAUAUCUUUUUAGACGAGAAAAUCGCUGGAGUGUCAUUACGGGUAAAUCAGACCUUCAAGUCAGAGUUGAUUGAGCCUGUCUCCUACUAUUUCAUAAACAAGCCUAUUGAUUUCUACUUGGAUAUUCAAAAUGGGACAUCCUUGCAAUGUCAUGUUACGAUCCCUAGCUAUGGAUUCGUAAAAAUGAACACUAUCAAGGCUGACAGAGAAUUCAAGGGUUCCUAUACCUAUUCAGCAGUAGGCGAUAUAACCAGUACCGUGACUGGAAGGUGCUCCAGCCGCCUCAAUGUCGCUUAUGUUUAUACCACCCCAACCGUGUUGCAGCUGAAGCUAAUACCCGAAGCUAUGACCAACUUUUCCCUUGAAUUAAGCAACAACCUUGUGCAAACAGGACAAUCUUUUCAAAUUCGCUUAAUUUUUCUACAAGGCAAUAAGAUGAGCUGUAACAUAAGUGCCAGUACGGCUGCCAUUUUUAACACUUUCACCUACACGCAGCUGUUAGGGUAUCAACAAGCACAUACCUUAGGACGAAAGGCUUACGUCAUUGGUUUGGCUACAAACUUGUUUUCAUUCAGUCACCGAAUCGAUGUUGUCUGUCGGAAUAUUUUAGGGCAGGUACAAAGCAGCGUAAAUUUCCAAGCUCAGUUAAGGAUGGCCGGCAUCUCCAUGAACCUUCCAAGUUUUCUGUGCUAUAACUCCACUUUGUUGGUGCCAACCACUUUGACACAAGGACGUCCAGUUUACAAAACUCUUUCUGUUGACACUCAGGUAAAAGAAAACUUUCAAUCAGACAAUAUAACUGCUAAUGUUUUUUCUAUAUAUCCAUAUAUGUAUGGUGAAUCCGGUUGGAAAACAGUGCUAGUCCGGGCUUGGAACAAUGUUUCGAGUAUGCAGACAUCCGGCUCGAUUCGAAUUGCCCGCAAUGUUACCGUCCUUGCUGUUCUUACAAACUUCACUAUGUCGUCGCCUCAGGCUCUACCUGCUCGACACGCUGACUACCUUCCAAUGCUUGAGAGAAUAAACUUUACCGCUAUAGUUUCACCGAACGCCAAUGGGUUUAUUUACCACUGGAGCAUAAAUGGAAGUGUGUCUGUCUCGGAGCAAACUACAGGACCAUAUUGGUUUUUCACCUUCCCUAGUACCGGUUCAUUUCUAUUCAAACUCGUUGUUGACGGGUGUAAUGACUAUGUAUAUCAAAAGACAUUUGAAGUACUAGAGCCAGUUAAAGAUUUUUCACUAGCAAUCACCCCAUUCCCUGUUGUUGUCGUGAACAAGACGGUCUCAUUGAACUUCACUCCUCCCGCUAACUGUGAGUGUGUGCAAGUUGAUUUCGACAAUGGUAGCCCCCUGGCCGAGCAGUGUAGAAUGGGUAGAAGCCAUAGUGCAGGCUGUAAUCCAAUGUUCACUGACUGCAGAACCACGACAAUUUACCGAAAUCGGGGAAACCUAACAGUAAAAGUCACUGCAAGCAACAAGCUGUAUGUUCUUCAGAAAAGUCUAUCGAUAGUUGCAAAGACGUGUUACAACCCCGUGGUAAUUGUGCAAGGUAACGGCACGAACCUGAACACUUAUACUGGAGGUCCUUUGUCAACCUUAUAUAGAUCUGAAAAGUUUGUUUAUGCCGUGACAUCAGUGGGAGUAAAUUGUGAAGUGAAUGCCAUCUACAAUAUAUCAUGGAAAGUUUUCUCCCCGCCGUUAUCUGCAAAUAAAUCUUCUGUAAUGGUUGACCCUAAGUUCCUGUUACCGAAUUCGUUGUUUGAAUUUGGAAAAAAUUAUCAUACAAUGUCAAUUCCUUGCUGUACUUUGAAUUAUGGCUCCUUUUUGGUGGAAAUAAAUGUUCAGAUGACUGGAGGCUUGUUGACCACCGACUUUAAAGAAAAAAUCACUUUUGGGUCAUUUUUGAACGACACUGAUUUGGUUGCAUCUCUUGAUGGAAGCAAACACCGUAUCUACGCAUAUAACGAAAUGAUUCUGCUGAACGCUUCAAACUCUUUCGACCCUGAUGGUUACAGCAAAAAUCUCAGCUUUACCUGGUACUGCAAAGAUACUGAACUGGAAUCACGUGACCUAUUCAGCAUCAAAAACAUUACUACAAUUGAUACCUCCUUUUUUAUCUCACCAACAAUGAACAAUAAUAGCACAGUAAUUGGUUUAUCUGGCAAUACAGCAAAUAUGAGCACAUCGAAUGUUACCAAUGAGAAAACAGAUCAGUCGAUUAUCGGUUGUUUUGGUAAGCCAUUUGGAAGACUAGAUGUGUCCAAUACGACGAAAACGAUUUCUGUUAAUUCAACAUUCUUGCAGGAAAACCACACUAUAAUGUUUUACGUUGUGGUUGAGGGCGCCAGUGAAACACGUUCAAGAAGAGCAGAAGCAAACCAAACAGUUUUUGUACGGAUGCGGGAGACUCCAUACUUUGAAAUAAGAUGUGCAGAGAAUUGUGGAAGAAAAAUAGAUCCGUCGGGAAAAUUUACUUUAAAGGCUGUUUGCAAGUCAGAGGCAUGCGAAAGGAGAGCGAGCUACAGAUGGAGUUUAAUGCAUAGCGGUGGUUUGGUUUCCCUUGAUUCCAAGUUAUACAGCAACAGUGUUAGCAAAGAUCUCUUAAUGAAACCAAAUGUACUUUCCUUUGGUGUUAUGUACACGAUCAAAAUGAAGGCAACAGCUUUAGAUGGAGCAACGUAUGAACAGGUGUAUAUUGUCAAUGUCAACGAGCCUCCCAAAAACGGAAGUUGUACCAUGAGCCCAAACGAAGGUUUUGCCAUAAACACUUUGUUCCUAGUGAACUGCACCGGUUGGACAGAUCCAGAUGUUCCGCUGACUUACGAAGUUGCUCACCAGACGGACUACCUCUCCACGGUUUUGUGUAAACACGAAGAUAGUUCAUGCGAGACGUUUUUGCCGAUGGAAGGACAAACGAAUAAAGUUUUGCAAAUCAGGAUACGGAUAAUCGAUUCUUUUGAGGCCUUCACCGAAAUUAAUCACGCGAUCUUGGUGAAAAAACCGACUCUUACAGUGGAAAAGCUGGACAAUCUUUUGGUUCUCAUACAAAACAGCUCUUCAAGUCAAAAGGCGGCCCAGCUUAUAGGUGCUGUUGCGUCAGUAUUAAAUCAGCCGAGUGAAAACAUCGACAAAGAUUUGCUGAAGAAAAGCAUCCAGAUGCGAGAUGGCUCCAUUUCAACUCUUGCCAAGAUGCUCAAUGCGAGCUCGGAUGAGGUCAUAGCGCCACAAAUCGCCUUGUUGGCGCAAGAACCCUCUCAAUUUACACUGGAAUCUGCAAAUAUUGCAACUGAUCUCAUCAAUGUGAUGACAGACCGGCUUUUGCAGACACAGAGUACGAUCCUUUUUCGAGAUAUAGUCUAUAGAGGGCAGAACAUUCUUGCUGCGAUGGGUACGGUGACAAGAUCGGCAUCAGUUAAUUUAGAUCCUAACCGUAUAGCCAAAAAUGAUAGCAACUCUACGGAGGAGGACUUGCUUCUCUGGAAGAUGCCACAGGGAAGAGCUAUUGUGCUUAGAUGUCAAUCUGGGUUCGAGAAAAUGACAAACUUGUUUUUCUCCAGAUUGUCACCUUAUGAUGCGCCAAUUAGAAUAGUGACUUCAAGCCUUGCUGUGCUUCUCGAAAAAAAGCUCGGUACAGAACUUAAUGUUACUAGAACUUUGUCAAUUGCGGGAAGCAAAGUAUCAGUGCCAUCUUUGGAAAGUCUCAAUUUGAAUAGCAGCCUCGUAAUUAAUUCACAGCUCAAAGUUACAACUUUCAACGAGUAUUUUUGGAGUAACCGAAGCCGUCUUAUCAAUACAACAGUAACGCAGUUCGAUUUAAAAUCUGGAGAAACGCCCUUGGCAGUUAGGAAUACACAGAAACCGGUGGAGCUUGAGCUCAAACGUGAACUUUCUCAUCCUAUACAAUAUCAACACUGGCGUUUUCAAGAGCGGCCUGGCCAGGAGCGAGUCAACUUUCAUAAGCUGGAGAUAAAGAAUGACAAUAGCUUGCAUAUCGAGCUAAAACCGAUGAACUACUGCGUCGAUUAUCAUGUUUUCCUAAAUUACGGAUCGAGGCCAUCACGUGAUCACUACUUAAAAAACUGGACGCUACCAGAUUUGAGCACAUGCAACAGAACAGGGCUUGCGGAAGACCUAAGAGCAAAUAUAUGCUCGAUUUACCAAAGUAUGAUUGAUCCAGCGUUGAGGAUUCAAGUGAAUGGGUCACAGUUGCAUUUGAAUUGCACAUUACGCAAAAACCUUGAGCUGCGCGUGAAUGAUGCCUUAAAGAACUGCACGCUAGAUCCAUACCGAGUGUUUUUAUCAGAUGUUGAGACAAAGAACGGAAUAUUUUAUUUUGGUGUUUACGAAGCAGAUAGAGUAACAUCUGACAGUCAGAGCCCUGCAUUUUUGUACAACUCUUCAAGCAGUUGCCAAGUUGCUGAUAACAUCAGUGAAUCUUCAUAUUUCCUUCGAAGUUACACUUCGAAGUGCCGUUUCUGGGAUCCGGCAAAAGCUGAAGAAUGGCUAUCUGAAGGUUGUCAGAUUGAACAGCUCACAAGUCCGUCUGUUGUCCACUGUAAAUGCAACCAUCUUACCUCUUUUGCUGGUGAUUUCUUUAUUGCUCCAAAUCCAAUUGACAUUGACAAAGUCAUAGAAGGCUUUAAGAACAUUCAGGACAACGUUUCUGUUGUGGUUCUUAUUUCAGUUCUUUGUGGUAUUUACAUCCUAUUGGUAGUUGUAUUGAGAAAGCACGAUAAGAAAGAUGUUGAGAAGCUCAGCGUCGUUGUCUUGGACAACGAUUCGACAAAGCCUUACGAGUACCUGAUCAUAACAGUAACUGGAGCCAGGGUAAACGCUGGAACAACCGCUCACGUUUUUUGCUCUCUAAACAGCUCUGAACAAGUAGGAGAGCCUAGAGUCCUGUUUGAUCCAGAAAAAACCUCAUUUCAAAGAGAUCAGAUAAAUGCAUUUAAAGUUGCCUUUGAUGCGCCCAUCAAGGAUCUUACCGAUAUACGUUUAUGGCAUGACAAUGCUGGAGACAGCCCAGGCUGGUAUCUCAGCCGUGUUUAUGUCGAAGAUUUACGUACGAACAAGACUUACCUUUUCAUCUGUGAGCGUUGGCUUGCUGUUGAGUUGGAAGAUGGUGUUAUUGACAGGGUUUUUUCCAUCGCAAACAGUGAUGAUCAGAAGACAUUCUCGCAUAUUUUCACGACAAAGGCAGCAGCUGAUUUGAGUGACCAGCAUCUUUGGUUAUCGGUUGCUUUGAAGCGUGCACACGACAGUUUUACACGCGUGCAACGUGUAACGUGCUGUAUGGCACUUCUUUUCACAACCAUGCUGGCAAGCGCCAUGUUUUUUCAACUAAACAAAGAAUCGAAAUAUCUGUGGAAGAUUGGUUCAUUAGUGAUCGAUUACAAGGGUAUAGUUAUUGGAAUUCAGUCAGGAUUUGUCGUGAUUCCUAUAAACUUUGCAAUUGCUUGGAUCUUUAGACAUUCAGAGAGUUUUGCAAAUUACAAAAGACGACGGAGCUUGCAAAAUCAAGGUGGCACUCCUGCAAAAAGAAAGCUGAUGCUUCCCUGUGGUUUUGUUAUUGUUGGCUGGUUUUUAGCCAUAACAGCUAUAGUAUCCUCUCUUGUUGUUGUCUUGUUUUACAGUAUGCAAUGGGGAAACGAGAAGUCCCAACAGUUCGUUUUGUCCAUCUUCACUAGCUUCAUACAAUCUGCAUUCUUGAUUCAGCCAUUAAAGCUUAUCUUCGUUGCGUUUAUUCUUGCUUUGAUUUUCAAGAAAACAAGCAACGAAACUCAUAUUCUUGAAAUGUACAAAUAUUUGGCUGAAGAAAAAGAGGCCUCUGUGACCCCUGUGGAGAUUGAUCUGUCCAAAAUCCAAAUGAGCCCGUUAACAGAAGACCAGUUGAAAUACGCUCGCAAAAGACGGGCCAUGGAGAUCCGAUUGAAGAUAUUUGUUCAAGACAUUCUUUCAUAUUUGGUGUUUCUGACUUUUCUAUGUCUUGUUGUUCGUGGGUACAGAGAUCCUGAUGAAUACCUAUUUCGAAAAGCGCUAAAUGAUGAUAUUGUACAUUCCCAUUAUGAACACCUAAAAGAUGUCCCUGGCGUCUGGACCUGGGUACAACAACAUUUCAUUCCAGCUAUUUACACUCAAGAAUGGUACAACGGAGACAAUUUCACGAAUUUCAAAAUGCUUCAAAACCAGGAGGCAUAUCGUAUUGGACUUGCGAGAAUCCGGCAGCUAAGAGUUAAACCAGGCGCUUGCAAGUUAGUCCAAGACGUGACCCAAUACUUCAAUUCAUGCAAUAGUUAUUACUCGCUUUCCGAUAAUGAAGAACGCAAUUAUGAUAUCGGAUGGAAGGACAUCAACCUCAAACGAAGUAGAAGAUCUUCAAUGACGGAAGGAUUUGAAGAGCCUGAAAUUAUUACAUUCGAACUUGAUGGAAUUUCAGCUCCUAACAUAAGUAUAAACACUGAUUAUAAACCUUCGAUGGAUAUGCCUAGUAGAAAUGGAGAAGACUUUGAAGUUCACAGUCGUCAAAGAAGAGCUUUGAAAUUCAAAGUAAACCGGAAAACCAUCCCUUCAAGUUCAAAGAUAGUUCAUUCAAAUGAAGUGAUUAUUGAUUCACAAUACCUCCUUCCUGAUGGUACAGUGAGGCCAAACAAAGAUCACUGGCGAUAUCGAGAUAUGAGCUCAUUACGAGGCUUCCCGUACUACGGCCAUUUUUCUACCUAUAGUGGGGGUGGGUAUGUGGCCUCCCUUGCAACUGAUAUUGACUAUGCUCGUGCUACUGCAAUGGCACUCGAGCAAGACACGUGGAUAGAUACACUCACAAGAGCAGUGUUUUUCGAGUUUUCUGUUUACAACGCAAAUAUGAAUUUCUUUGCAACUGGAUUUGUUAUUGCUGAGGUACUGCCAACUGGGACUGUGUAUCCGAGUGCUAGCAUAAGAGUUUUCAAGCUUUAUCGUUACGUUGGGGUGUUUGGGAAGCUGGUUAUGGCAAGUGAGAUUAUUCUGGUUCUAUGCCUACUCUUCUUCAUAUACAAAGAGUGCAGAUCAAUGGUAAGGGUAGGUUGUGCCUAUUUUAAAUCGUUUUGGAGCUGGAUUGAGAUAACUAUAGCUAUUGCCUUGUUUGCAGCAAUCUUUUUGCGAGCAUUCAGUUGGUACGAGGCAGACAAGAACUUGAGCCUCCUUCGCGAGCAAUCGGAGCGUUUCAUCAGCUUCCAUUACACAGUUAUUGCCGACGAAGCUUUGCUGAUAUCAGUAACCAUAAUAUCGUUUGCAUCUACUUUGAAAAUCAUGAAAAUCAUAUCUGUUUUUCCAACCAUCGUUGUUCUAAAAGAAACUGUCCUCAGAUUCUCAAGACCGUUGCUUAAUUACACUAUGCCAUUUGUGAUUGCAUUCUAUGGCUUUGCUGCCGUGGCCUUUUUGCUGUUUCACCAAGAAUAUCUGUUCUCCACCUACAUCAAAGCAGCAGAGACACAAAUGCUGAUGCUUGUGGGCGGCUCUGUCUAUCACAGCUUAUUAAAAGCAGAUCCGAUUCUUGGGCCUUUGUUUUUUCUGCUUUUUGCCGCAGCUGAAACGUUUAUUAUGUUGAAUGUUUUGUUGGUCAUAAUAAACGAUAGUAUCAAAGAAUCUUCGGACUGGAAGGCUGAAGCAAGGAGCAAUGACUUUGUUGAUUUUAUUGAAGAACGCGUUAGGGCAAUCUUUAAUAUCAGCCCCGCGAAGCGAAAACGCGAUUCGCAAUUACGAAAAUCUUUCGCUGGUCGAAAAGUUUCUCGUAAAGUAACCAUUCUUGUUACUGAUCCCGAUGAUCCUAGCCAUGUUAAGACGAUGCCAGUGACAGUUUCAAAGAAGGUGAGUAUUAGAAAGCCAACUCCCCGAUCAACGAGUAAAGGGUCACAUUCGCGGCGUUUCACCAGGUUGGAGACAUUGUUGACGGAGGAGCUGACGCAGCGCAGGCUUCUCUUUGCGAUCGAUAACUGCCAUUGGAGCUUAGACAAACUAGAAUCGUGGAUACAGAGAAGUAGAACAGAGGAGAAAGAGGACACAAAACUUGAAUUAAAACUGAUGACUGAAGUACUACUUAAAAAGGCCUAAAUAUUUUACAAUAAACCAGUUAAGGAACUCUUAGAUAUACAAAUAUCGAAUCAUUUUCUUUACUGACAAAGCCUAUUUCUGUGCUGACGCCUGUAGACAUGAACUAUGUGUUUUUAACAUAUGUCAUUAGCCUGUCUUGCUGUGUUUUGCUUAAACAACAUCUUUCUAUAACCUUAGUAUCAUUAUACCAGUUUUAUUCGAUAUAAGAAAGGGUCUUUUUCUUUGUUUUUCUGUGUCCUUACCCAACAGUGUUGCCAGAAAGGGUUCACUAAGAAAAGCAAGCGGCAACCAUAGAUUAUUUUAGCGAAUUUCCAAGAUCACUUUGAAAACCUCAUCAUUGAAUUCCUUCUAAAGAGUUCCUAUUCCUUCCCCAGGUAUUAGAUAUGACCACAGUCCGCUUGAUAGAGGUGUCAACCUUAUGAGCAGUCCUUAUACUUUAUUUCCUAUAGGAUUGGGUAGGGAACCGAUAAAGAUGUCGGCCUUAUAGAUGUGUCCGCAAAGACAGUUUUCACUGUAAUUGCUUAUAGGAAAUGUAAAAAGGAUCUCUGUGUGCUUACGCCUAUUGACAUGCACAAGGCAAGAAUAAACUCCGAUAGCAAGAUCACCCUUCGUGAAUUUUAUUUGCAUAUAUCAUUCACACAUAUAAAGUGACCGUUAUGAUAUAUAAGCUAUGACUCUACCAUCAAAACAAAUGUGAUUUCUUCUUGUGAUAGUGAAUGAUUUUUCGUUUAUCUUGACGUUCUACUGCAUUUUUAUUGCAUAACUGUUCAGCAUUUAUUUGCUUUGGGAAACAUUACAGCACUAUUGAUGUAGAAAUCGACAGCAGCCGCUGAUCGGUUUAUCAACGACACAAAUUAUCGGGCUGAUUAGGCAAGAUUUUUCUUGAAUUGAUGCUAUUUCCAACUCGAAGUCUUGCUUUCCUAUUGAUGACAAGGUACAGAAAUGGGUCCAGCAACGGGCUCAACGCUGUAAGUGGACCCACUAUGGACAGCUUUUCUGUCAUGGAUAUGCCUUUUGGCUCACUUAAAAUGACACAGAUAAAUGGCAAGAAGCAAAAUAUGUUCUUUACUGUAAGAGAAAAUGUUAUAAUGGCAGUCUUGAACUUAUUCCUGUUUGAUAAUUUGUCAUCAUUUCUUCGUGCAGAUGAUGUCUGUGUCACUGCCAAUUGAUGUUUUUUUUGUCCCAAGAACCAUAACCAGAUAUUGACAACAAAAACUAAAAUUACGCUUAUAAAAUAGAUAACUAUAAAUCCAUAUGUAGCUUCUGUGUGCAGAGUGAGGAGUAAGCCAUCAUCCUUGGUAUUUUCGCAGAGCAACACACUUGUUGUAAUAACAGAGUACGAUAAGACCCACUUAAAAAGGAACAGCACCAUCAACCUUCUUUCAGUGACGAUGUUAGUGUAGUGCAGGGGAACAAAGCAGCUAAGGAAUCUAUUCAAAUUCAACGAUGCGUAACUAAGAAAUAUACAGCAAUAUGUCGAGAGCACUACAAUAUCUCCAACUUUCCGAAUGGUAGAGCAGGCCGAUGUAUUCUUCCAAAUAUAUUUGCCCGCGACAACGAGCGUUAGACAGGUAAGCGAUAUCAUUAAGUUUGCCACAGUUAGGUUCAUCAAGAUGUUCUGCUCGAUUCUAAAUGCCCAAGGACCACUUCUAAAUAAAUUGCGAAUAAGAACUGCAGUCACAAUCGUUAUUAUGAUUGUUAUUGGGAAUAAAACUGUAGCUGCUAUCGCGGGCCCAUUCGCGGAGAGACAUGCUUGAUAUGCAUCCAUUUUUCCUAAUGAAUCAUCUAGAAAGCGAAAGGAAUUAAAUAUUAUGCCAAACAUCCACCAUUGUUGUUAUAAAUAAGCCCAUCACUCGCGCGCGAGUUGCGGGCAAUCAUUUCUUUAAUACAAUGAUUGCAUUCUUGUCGGAUAACAGUAAGGUGAUACAAAGUAAGGAGUUUCUGUUCUAACAAAGUGAACCUACCUAGCGACUUCUCUCGUAUUCUUUUCCUUUUUCUUCCCAACGCCUUAGCAAAAAUCUUGGACCACCAACAUGACAAUACGGUCGGCUGACUUUUUUAUACCCCCUGCUGGUCACACGCCUGCUGUCAAGUACGAGGGAGCCGUUCUCAUUGGUUAAAAUGCCCGAUAAUCAUAUUUUUCCAUUUCCAGCACUAUCAAUGUUUUUCCAUCGACAAGGUCACAGCUCGCUAAUACAUUCAUCCUUAUUUUGACAUGUAGGUGUUUUGGGAGAAAUUCGUCUGCUGAAUUUUCACACUAAAUUCGACCGUAUUUAAAAGAAUAUUGUUUCUACUAACUACGUUUUCACACAUUUGCACUCUUCUUUUGUUUCCAUUCAGGGAAGGAUGCACCUUGAGACUAAGAACAUGUUUUUAAGCUCCCGGACUUGUCAAAUGUUUAAAAAAAUUGAGAAAAAGAUGAACAGGAGUUGGAUUACGAAAUCGUUCCAUAUCAGCUUGCUUUUUGAAGGCGAAUGUUCCACUUAGACCAAUCUUGUCUAUGAUUAGCUCAGCAACACACGAGGACCUUGUUCUUAAAAAUAUUCAAAACAUUGCAUCAAGGAUUCCUUUACGUUCGCUGAGUUCAUGCAAAUCCUGAACAUCGAAAACGAAACACCUUUUAUAUGUUCUUUUGACAUUAGUAGUCUUUUCACAAAUGCUCUUAUAUGAGUGAGUCCAUCGAGCGUUUGUUUGACUGCAAUGUGACACAUUGCUAUUUUUAAAAAAGAGGCCGAGUGUGAUGUUUUUCUAAAACCCCCUUUACAGUUAACAUUUGAAAAGGAAAAAAAUAACUCCUUGCCAUUUCUAGAUGUUUUGGUUGAAAAGUCUGGUACUGGAUUUCUUACCAGUGUAUACCUAAAACCCACGUUUUCAGGUUUAUACACUCGAUGGAGUCCGAUUUGCCCAAAACAAAGAACAAUUUACCUCAUCAAAACGCCUAUUCAUAGUGCACUGAUGAUUUGUUCCCAGUCUAAACUCCACUCGAAACUUAAACAGCUAAGAAAGAUAUUUCAGGAGAACGGCUAUCCAGAGGAUGUCUUUUCGGUAAAGUUUCUUGGACAAAGUAAAAUUUGGCCCGCAAAGAGCCCGGUUUAUCUAAAACUACUCUGGAUCGGUAACAGUUUCUUGCGAUUUGAAAGUCAGAUUAAACAGGCCAUUUCAAAUUGUUUCUUUUGUGUCAAUCCGCGAAUCGUUUACAGUACCAACAAUGCCCUUCAAUCCAUUCAAAUGGAUUGCGUUCCUACCGCGCAAAAGAGUUCCGUUGCAUAUGAAUUUACGUACCAGUGUGACUCUGCCUAUGUAGGACGCACUACCCUAAGAUUGAAAGAUAGAAUAAAACAGCAUGUACCACUCUUUUCUUCAGCUUCAGUUUAAAAGAUUGAUGCUUAUUGUAACAAGGCCUAAUUACGGUUCUUUAAACUGACUUUA